AUGGUGAUUGAAGGCGUACUCGCGCCUUCCGACUCUGGAAAAUUCAUUGUCGAGCACGGAAAUUUGGUGAAAAUCAAUGACAGCGGUGUGAAAAGAGUGGCCGAGCAGGUGAGUCGAUUCUUCUCUCGAAACAGAUUAACUAAAGCCUUAUUCAGAUUCUGGAAGCGGCAAAAGACGGAUCGAUAAAAGAGGCGCUGUUUCUAUCGCCAGAGUUGCACCCAAAAACAGCAGAUAAGCAGGCUGUUCAGUGGUAAAUUUCUAAAAUGCCACGUAGAAGUGCCUAAAAUCUUCAUCUUCCAGGGUAUUUCUCGUGGAUACCAUAAACUUUUCGUUCUGGCCCGACGAAGGAGAGCAUUACGAUGUGAGUUGGAAUGGAAAGAAGUACACUGGCUACUUUUCCGCGUGUGCCGCCGUCAAUAAAGCUCUGGCCGCCGGGGUUCCGGUUCUGUCGGCGGAAUGGAUGAAAAACGUGGGAAAAGAGGAAAUCGACAGCAUUUUCAAGUCGGAUUCCGGUCAUUCGAUUCCCCUUUUGGAGGAGAGGGUAAAGGCGAUUAAUGAAUCCGGCAGAGUGCUUCUGGAGAACUUUGACGGCGAAUUCUACAAUUGCGUCGUGAAAUCGGAGAAGAAUGCGCAGAAGCUCUUGAAACUGAUUGUCGAGAACUUUGAAUCGUUUCGCGAUUUUGCAGAAUUUGCCGGCCAGAAAGGUUUGUCUCACGAAAGAGUUCGAGCCGCCCGAAAAGCAUGCCCUUCUUGCAGUUUCCCUUCUGAAACGCGCGCAAAUCCUUGUCGCCGACGUCUACGGCGCUCUUCUCGACCAUGACUCCGUCGCCGACUUCUCCGACAUCUCCAAAAUCACAAUGUUCGCAGAUUACCGUGUACCUCAAGCACUGGCAUAUCUGGGAACCCUCGAGUAUUCGGAAGAGCUUCUGGCGCAGCUCGGCGAGGGAAAACGGCUGGAGAACGGAUCGAGAGCAGAAGUGGAGCUCCGCGGUGCAUCGAUUGCUGUUUGCGAUGUCAGUUUUACACAUUUUUCCAGUAGAAAUGAUUAUUUUCCAGGAAAUCGUGGCAAAAAUGAACGAAUUACGAGCGUCGGACGCGAGAUUCGCCGAAGUGCGUGAGGUGACGGCCAUGGAAGUGGACGUCUUCGUCUGGGGAUACAGAAGGAUCCACGCAGAAGACGUCGAGAAGAAGAUUCCGUUCCAUCGCACCCGCUGCAUCUACUACUAG